UGUCAUGCGCGUUAACCACAUGACGUCCACCCAUUUCACUGGAGCGUGUGUUCUCCACCAGACAACCACCACUUUCCAAACUCCACGCAUAAAUUUCACCGCCAACCCACUUUCCUUGACGAACCAAGAAUUGGAACCAGAGAACUAAUGUCGACGACAGUAGCAAGUACUAGUACUGCAAGUGCUAGUUUUCGUUACAGCAAAUCAAGAACUGGAGGGGUCAAGCCAAAUAUUGCAGCAGUGAGGCCAAGAAGUUUGGUGGUGGUGAGAGCAGAAGCUCAAUCUAUCAACCCUGAAAUUAGAAAGAAUGAAGAGAAGGUGGUGGACUCUGUUGUGGUUGCUGAACUCUCCAAGCCACUCACUGCUUACUGCAGAUGCUGGAGGUCAGGAACUUUCCCACUGUGUGAUGGAAGCCAUGUAAAGCACAACAAAGCUACUGGAGACAAUGUUGGACCUUUGCUCUUGAAAAAGCAGAAAGAGUAACUUCUUAAUUUCCCUUGAUUUUGAUUUGUGUUUGUCAUGUUGAAUUUGAAACCUUAGAUUUGCGUGUUCUUCUAUGAGAUAAUACUCCCCAAUUCCCUUGGAUUGGGGUGAGCUCUCUAGUUCCUGUUGCAUAAAAAUUAAGGUGAUAUCAAUUUUUCCUAUGUUAAA